GGAUUUGGGGGGAUUCCCCGGAUGAAGAGGAUUGGGGGGGGGGUCAGCAGCAACCACACGUCUCUGCGUUUGCUUUCCGUGUAGGGGCAGGUUGUAGUAAGAGGGAAGAGGGGCUGGGGUGAGAGCCAGUUCCCCCACUGAGCAAUGGUGUGGGCCCUUCAUUAACUCUGGGCUUGAAUUCCCGCCACUGUAAAUUGAGGACAAUAGUAGGUACUUUGUCGAUCUCAUCUGAGGAUUAAAUGAUAACGUACGUGCAAACACUGUACAUGGAAAAACUUACCACAAUGGCUCCAUAAAUCUUAACCUAUGAAGUUCAAACAUAGGGCACCUGGGAUCCAGGAAGCACCCACUUCUAAAUUCGCAAUCCUGUCUCCAGGGGACCUGUCUUGAUGUGGAUGCUUUAUACUUUAGCCUUUAACCAUUUACAUUUUUGUGGUUUAAUUUCUUUUAAACUCCAGAUUGGUUCUGGUUCUCAGGUUAUUCAUUUUGCGUGUGUGUGAUUUUUUUUUUUUAAGCAAUCUCUAUGCCCAACAUGGUGCUUGAACUCAUGACCCCAAAAUCAGGAGUUGUGUGCUCUGCGGACUAAGCCAGGCAAGCACACCUCCCACAUUACUCUUCAUACCAAACUUUAUUAACUAUUUCUGCAUCCAGGCCCUGUACUAGGCCUCAAGAAGACAAAAGAGAGCCUUCAGAGAGCUCAAGGUCCAUUGGAAAAUGUAUCAUCUGUCUCCCCCACGCAGAUGUGGGCUCCAACGAAGACAGAGGCCUUGUUUUUCCUGGUUGCUGUCCUAUUUCCAGCACUUACAAUAUUGCCGGGGCCCAAAUACAUUAUUGCCAUAUAAAUAUAUAGCAAACAAACACAGGAAAGUGUGUGGAGAGCAGGCAAUCCGUGGUGUGCCCCUUGACAAAUCUGAGCCAUUUCUUUCUCUUUCCAAAUUAGGAGCCCACCUGGUGGUCAUAGUUAGGAAAACAUUCAGGGGAAGGACCCAGGAAGCGACGGAAGAAACAGCAUCCCUUGUUCUAAGGUGGUUCUCAAUCCCCUGUCCAUAAACUUCCUAGAAUUUUUCCUGUCUGUGUAUAUUUUCUUCUCAGGGGAAGGGGUACCCCAGAUUCUCUGGGAGUCAGGGCCCCAAUCACCGAGAAGAUCCUUUCAAGCUCCCACAGUUCCCGGAUUCUUGCCCCAUCUCUCCCUCUAAUGCUCCCGCAAAUCCUGGAGGUCCCUAAGGUUGCCUCUGGCCAAUCCUGUCCAGUAUUUCGGAGUACCACUCCCACCCCUAGAGUGACGGCUCUCCACUUCCCAGUGUUGGAGUGUUUCCCAACUUGCUGACCUUGACCUUAGGCAAGUUGCUUGCCAUUUCUAAGCCCCAGUUCCGUCAUCUGCGGAACGGAAAGGGUAAUCCCCACCUCUCACACGAGUUGUGACGAUUGAAUAACAACGCCUUCAGAACAUAACCGCAAGUCAGGGUCUACAGUCAGUGUUCAGCAGGGGGUGGUUUAUUCAGCGGCUCAGCUCUCUCUGCCCCUUCUCCGCCAGCUCUGGGAGCCUCUGUCGCCCUGAGCGGAGAAUGGAGGCUGCAGGGUUCCCGGAACGGAUUAGUUUCGGGUGUCACUUAAUCCAGCAGGCCCUUCCGUAAUCAGAGCCUACAGAGGGCCAGAGGUGGUAUAAAUCAGCGUGAGGCGCCCAACUCACAGAGGCUGCAGGAUGGGGAGGGGGGCCAGAGCUCAGCUGCUGCUGCUGCUGUGGGCCACCUGCUGUGGACAUGCACAAGCCCACCGCCUGAGCGACUACACGUCGGUCAUCGACGUCACCAACGGGGGUCCUUGGGGCGACUGGGCCUGGCCCGAGAUGUGUCCUGAUGGAUUCUUUGCCGGCGGGUUCUCUCUCAAGGAGGAGCCCCCCCAAGGCAUCCCUGGCGACGACACCGCUUUGAACGGGAUCCGACUGCACUGCUCACGCGGGAACGCCGAGCGCAACACGCAGGUGGUGGAGUCUCAGUCUGGAAGGUGGGGCGCGUGGAGCGAGCCCCUGUGGUGUCCCGGCGGUGGCUUCCUGGUGGCUUUCUCGCUGCGCGUGGAGGCCCCCAGGACCCCAGGGGACAACACGGCAGCCAACAACGUGCGCUUCCGCUGCUCGGACGGCACGGAGCUGGAGGGGCCCGGCCUGGCCUGGGGCGACUUUGGAGAAUGGAGUAAGCCCUGCCCCAAAGGCGUGUGCGGUUUGCAGACCAAGGUGGAGCAGCCGAGGGGCCUCCGGGACGACACCGCACUGAACGACGUGCGCUUUUUCUGCUGCCGCAGUUAACGACCAGGGCGCCCGCCCCGGGGCCAGUCCCACCGCUCGCUAUUAAAGCUUCUCUGUGCUGGC